AUGGCACCAAUACCAGCCUUCAAGAGCCGCCUUUUGGUACCAACACACGACAUAUCCAACACAGCAUCCUCUCUACGAACAGGAUCGCUCACCUCACGAAGCUUUCAAUCCACGAUCCCAGUCACAUCCGCACCAUCACACACACCAAUCACGCCUUCGAUUGCCUUCCACCGCGUCGCCGGUGUUCUCUUCGAGCAUUUUGACAACAAUAAGAAUAGAGCAAAACGAGACGACGAGACCGACAGCGAUACGAAUCAUAAACGUUACGAAAUCAUCUUGCCCAUCAUCGGUGGCUGCGUCGUUCUGUGGUUCCUCUAUAGCUGGACUCGCAACCAUUUCCGCAGAGGCGGCACCUGGAAAGCCUACGGUAAAGCCUGGCUUACGGGCUUGAAGUAUUUCCUGUUCUUCACUGUCUUGCUGCCCAUCACCCUUCUCGGAUGCGUCGUCGGGUGUUUCAGCGCUUGCAACAAUAAAGGGAAGCCCAAGCCGGCCGCGAACGCGGCCAAUCCCAACCGGGUUGGCGCCCUCCCACGCAAUCGCGACAAUCGUGAACCGCCGCCAUUAAACCGCCCACUGAUGCCUCUGGAUCCCGUGGUCGUGAUGCCCGACUUGCCUGACCAAGAAGAUCCCGAUGCUGUUGAGGUUUUACCGCCACCACCACCGCCCAUUGCGCAAAAGAAUGAGACGACAGCCGAGGCCACGGAGACGUUUCUCUCCAGCGACGGGAAAAACAUCUCCAGUGGCAGCGGUCUUAUCAAGGGUUCUUUCUAG